CGGUGUGCGAGAACUACAGCUGCUGCAGAAAAGCAGACGAGACACGGAGAACGGAGGGAUGGAUCGACAAACCACGACAAAUGACUCCUUUCUCUCCAGCAGCAGAUAAAGCCUGAGAGACGCAGACGAUGCGAGGAUUCAGCGCCAGCGAUCUGUCUCCAGCAGAGCUGCAGUGCUCCUGUAGAUCUGUAGAGCAGCCUCAGAAGAAGAAAACCACGCCCCCUUCCAGGCCAUGCCCCGCCCCACCCACACGGAGGACACGCCCCUCUCCCUCAGCCACGCCCAGAGCACAGAAACCCCACGUGCCCCCUAAGCCUGUGCACCUGCUGGGUCCCGUCCCUCCAGUGCCCCGCCGGCCCCUGCCCAGUCCCCCUCUGAGGGCCAGAGUCUCGUCUGCUGGGCCCAUCCACAGCUCCAGGUUUCUGACUCUGGGCCUCCAGUGGAGGAGGGAGCUCCAUUGGGGAGCCAGCAUGGAUUCUCCAGUCUCUCGAGACGCCAGCGAUCAGACGCCAGCGCCGGACAGAGAUGAUGCGCUUUCGUUCAAAUCAUGUGAAAUCUCUGAGCUUUUGAGACUGUCCAGCUUAAGCUCCCUCCAGACGGACUCUACCAAUGAGGCGGAGCUUACGGAGGAGCGGCAGAAGCUCUGCAGCGGCUUGGAGAGUAAUCACAGGGACUCUGACGGAGAGCGUCUCGAGGAGAGCGGCACACACGCAGACGGAGGGGAGGAGAGGUCGCAGGGUCACGAGGGGACGGAGGCCAACGGAAAGAUCCCCAACCGGGACAGCGGCAUCGACAGCCCGUCCUGCGGAGCCGAGGCUGAGGGCUUCCCCGGCGCCGGGAGAGACAAGAGGGACUCCACGCAGGACGAGGACAGCGACCUGGACGAGGAGAGCCAGGACCCCGAGAGUCUGGAGGUCAAGUCACAGAAGCUGUUGAACAUCGCUAAAGAGUUGCUCCAGACAGAAGAAGCGUAUGUCAAAAGACUCAACCUGCUGGACCAGGUGUUUUGUGCUCGUCUGAUGGACGCUAACAUCCCUGCUGAGGUCAUCACAGGAAUCUUCUCCAACAUCUCCAGCAUCUACCUCUUUCACCACCAGUUCCUGUUGCCUGAACUACAUACACGCAUCACACAGGAGUGGAGCUGUAAUCCACGCAUAGGGGACAUCCUGCAGAAGCUGGCCCCGUUCCUGAAGAUGUACGGCGAGUAUGUGAAGAACUUCGACCGUGCCAUGGAGCUGGUGAGCACAUGGACCCAGCGCUCCGCUCAGUUCAAGAGCGUGGUCCAGAGCAUCCAGAAGCAGGAGGUGUGUGGGAACCUGACUCUGCAGCAUCACAUGCUGGAGCCGGUGCAGAGGAUCCCUCGCUAUGAGCUCUUACUGAAGGACUACCUGAAGAAGCUGCCCUCCGGAGCGGCGGACCGCCGAGACGCCCAGAAUGCUCUGGAGCUGAUCUCCACCGCAGCAAACCACUCCAAUGCCGCCAUCAGGAAAAUGGAGAAGAUGCACAAGCUGCUGGAGGUGUAUGAGAAGCUGGACGGAGAGGAGGACAUUGUGAAUCCAGCUAAUGAGUUCAUUAAAGAAGGCCACUUGAAGAAGAUGUCUGCUAAAAACGGCACGGCUCAGGACAGAUACCUCUAUCUGUUCAAUAACAUGGUGCUGUAUUGCGUGCCCAAGCUGAGGCUGAUGGGACAGAAGUUCAGCGUCCGAGAGCGCAUCGACAUCGCAGGGAUGGAGGUUCAGGAGAACAGCAAGCAGAACGUCCCUCACACCUUCACCAUCAGCGGCAGACAGCGCUCGCUCGAGCUGCAGGCCAGGACGGCGGAGGAGAAGGACGACUGGAUCAAAGUGAUCCUGGCAACCAUCGAGAAGCACAAGCAGAACAGCGAGACGUUCAAAGCGUUCAGUGUGUCCUUCAGCCGUGAUGAAGAGCAGGCGCCGGACACGCCGGGGCCGUUGAGCACAUGUGAGACAGACGGAGCUCAGCAUGAGAGGAAGAGCUCAAAGAAGCGGGAGAAGGAGAGAGAAAUGUGCCGAGGCUGUGGAGAGACCUUCCACUUCACCAAGCGCAAGCACCACUGCAAGAUCUGCAGCGCGGCCGUCUGCGGGAAGUGCUCAAAGGUUUCCGAGAGCAAGAACAUCCGUGUGUGUAAGCCGUGUUCUGAAGGGGCAGCUGAAGGGGCAGCAGCGGGCGGCACUGAGCCUAGGAGAAGACUCGAGAAGCAGCUGUCAGUUGCUCAGCCUUCUCAACGAACAGGAAAAGUUGAGGAGCUGGACCAGGAGCUGGGCGGCCAUCAGUGAAGCACAACCUCUGCUGCUUUACCAGCAAACCAGCACACAGGUCUCUCUGGCUGUGACAUGAGGAGAAGGACUCAGGAUUGUGAAUCUUUAUGAGCUCCGGUCACAUGCUGUAAAGAGAGGAGCAAGAGCCAAUAAGAUGCUUACCCUCUCCUCUGGUCCCUCCCCUUUUAAAGAACUCCUGUUACUUGAAAUCACUUUAUCCUCAGCACUUUUUCUUUCUUUCUUUUUACCUUCCUUCAGUUCAUCGCUCUUUCAGCGGUCUGCUGCGCUGGACGGAGAUGUCGGGAAUGUCUAUAUAAUGUAAUGACGGACGUUUUGUUUUUCAUUUGUUGCCUUUCAGAUGUUUUUAGUUGAAGCAUUAAGUCACCGUUCUUGUCUACCCGCAACCCUUUGUUUAUUCUUUCUGAUUUUAAAAUAUGAAAUCCUUCAGAUACAAGUAAACCUGAAGAGACACUGAACUGAAGAACAAAAAGUCAUAUUUCAUCCAAAACAACAGAAGAAAUAAUACUUUGGAAGCGUGUUUAGGGCCUUUUUUUGCAUUUUGCCAUUAUUUUCAUGAUAAUUAAGCACAUUUCACCCCAACUUCACAUUAUUAUUAUUAUUAUUAUUAUACACAAGAAAGGUUAUCAUAAAUUUCAUGUAUAGAGUUCAUACAUUUCUGUAGAAUUCAAUUAAAUACACAAUUAGUCGCAUGUAGUUUUUUUUAAAAACUACUUUACAAUAUUUGUAGUAAUGAGACUCACCGCUGAGAAUGAGGAGAAAUAUGGGAAUAAUGUCGCAAUGGUCCUAAAACAGCUUUCUUUGGUUUCCUGUCGGGUUUCCGCUGCAUUCACAAGAUAAGUGUGUUCAUGAUCUCUGAAGGCUUCCUCAAUCUGUAAACGAGAGCUUGGUUCCUGUGGCAGGCCACUCAUCAUUUCUAGUUCUGAAGGAGCUUUGCCAUGCCAGUGUUCCCGCUGUGUGUGAGUGUUCAAGUAAAGGUGUGAUGAGAGCAGUAUUGUGAUCUGCGCAUGGUCAGUAUGUCAUGAAUGAUGGAAACAUUGCGUUUGCUUCCCUUUUAAUAUUGUUUAAACAAAACCAGUAUUAUUAAAAGCAUUUUAUGUGUACAAACGCUGUCUUAUAGCAUAUCGAUGAAUAAAAGAGUAUCUGGA